AUGAAGCCACGCUAUAAUCUUCGUAUUCAACCUACUAGUAAAAUAUCUCUUUCAACAACAAAUAAAAAAACUACAAGAACAUCAUCAUCUCGAGUGACUAAAAAAUCGCAAUCUCGUCGUUCAAAUCCUAUAAUCAAUCAACAAAAUCGUCGUCAUAGUUUACGUUUAACACCAACUGUUAAGCAAACAAAAUCUCGAACAACUAUUCAUGAAACUCUACCAAAAUGGCGUAAUGUUGAGAAUGAGAAUGAAGAUGAUAAUUCGUCGAUAAAUCAUAAUGAUGGCGAUGAUGAUUAUGAUGACCUUCUAGCUCGACAUCAACGAUUGAUGCUUGAAGAACAAAAAGAUCGAAAACUUUAUGAACGAUAUAUUCGUGAUCAACGAACACUUCGUCGUUUACAAUGUCGUCGUUCACAUACAGCUCAUUUAAAUGAAAGAACACGAAAUCGUUUAUUACGUGAAUUAGAACGUGAACGUCGUUAUACUAUUCAUGAUAAAAUUUGUACUUAUCUUUCUGAUCAUCGAAUUAUUUAUCGACAUGGAUGUAAUAUUCGAUCAAAUCAAUCAAUAACUUGGUCGACACUUGAAAAUGAAAUACCUUAUAAUAAAAAUAUUGGUACAAUACAUGAGUUAGAUGUUAUGAUUAAUAAUUUGAAAAAAGUUAUACGAAAUUCAAAAUCGAUGUCAAAAACUCGGUUAUCUGUACGUGAACGACAAAAUCAACGUUUGAAAACUGUUAAUCCAAGUAAAACAAAAUCAACAGAAAUUAAUACUUCAUCUAUGGUUUCAAAUCCAACGUUACAUAUUCCAUCACAAUUAGAAAUCAUAUCUCAUUUGCCACGUAUACCAGUCGUAAGAUUUAUUGAUGAUCAAAAUAACAAACUUCGAAUAAGUAAUUCGCAACGUUUAACAUGUAUACAAAAUGUCCUUGGACAUCAAUCAAAUAAUAAUAAUAAUCAUAACAAAAUUGUAACAAAUGAAAUAUCAUCACCAAUGAGUAUUAGAAAAUCACCAUUACGUUCAAAAACUGCUUAUGUCAAUGCGUCUGAUAUAACACCAACAAAAAAACGACCAUUAGAAAAAGAAAAUUUCAAUAAUCUGUCAACGUCGACAAAUUCAAAUGCACAUUCAAAUAUUGCUUUGAGAGCGUCAUCACCGUAUGUAGCAGCGAAUGAUCAUACACCUUAUCGAUCGUCGUUGUUUUCUAUAGAAUGGUAUCGAUCAAACAUACCACGUCUUCUUCGUCGUCUCGUUCCUACCCAAAUACGAGAAAACAUCCAUUGA